AAAUCCAACUGUUCUCUGUGGGCGUUUCUAAAGGGGCCCUGCACAGAUAAAUGAGUGUUUUCCCUCCUCCUUUCCCAGUUUCGGAGCCUAUUCUUUUUUUUUCUUUUCUUUUCUUUUUUUUUAAUCGCUACAACCGUUUCAGUACAAAAAAAAACACGAUGGCAAAUGAAGCCAGGCCAUGCCCUUGUGACAUUGGGGACAGGAUGGAAUAUGGCAGUCUCGGUGAAGAGGUUCAGAUUGAGCACGUUAAAGCUUAUGUGGUGAAACCUAAAGCACCAACAGACAAAGCGGUCAUUGUAAUUCAGGACAUUUUUGGAUGGCAGCUCCCCAAUACACGAUACAUGGCUGACAUGCUCGCUUCAAAUGGAUAUGUUGCUGUUUGCCCUGACUUCUUUCUUGGAAAGGAGCCAUGGUGUCCUUCAAGUGACUGGUCAACGUUUCAGGAGUGGCUUGAGGACAGAAAACCCACCAAUAUCAACAAGGAGGUGGAUGUGGUUUUGAAAUACCUCAAGGAACAACGUGGAGCUAAAAGGAUCGGAGUUGUGGGUUUCUGUUGGGGUGGCGUGGCCACACACUACAUAGCUCUCCAAUAUCCUGAAGUCAAGGCUGGAGUGUCAGUCUACGGGAUCAUUCGUGCGAGAGAGGAUUGUUAUGAACUCAAAAUUCCGACGCUCUUCAUCUUUGGUGAAAACGACACCGUGAUACCACUUGACCAGGUGACGACACUUGAGGAAAAACUGAAGGACGAGUGCACUGUCGACUUCAAGGUGAAGGUUUUCCCCAAUCAAAGUCACGGAUUUGUGCACCGUAAACGAGAAGACGUCAAUCCGUCGGACAAACCGUACAUUCAGGAGGCCAGGGAGGACAUGAUUAACUGGUUAAAUAAGUACAUGUAAGAUUAAUCCGGUGCAAAUUAUUAGGUUUCACUUAAAUGCUUCCAAAAGGGACAGUCUUACCCCCAAUGUUGAUGAUGAUCCAAGACCUGAUUGGUGCCUAAAGGUGAGGCUGCUGUGGUGUAAUGCAUGAUUAAAUCAUCACACUCUCCUUAAAAGAAAUUAUCUGGCUUUGUAAUAGCAGUUGUACAUAAAGCUUUCUUAAAAUACCAGAAUAAGUUUAUUUCCCCCAAAAAAUAAGGAGAUAAAAGGCUAAAAAGUUGACUUAAAUCGCCAUUUGCGUUUGGAAACUUUUAACUUUCGAUAUGAAGUCCAAAGAGCUGUCGCUGCCAGUGAAGCAAACCAUCAUUAAGCUGAAAAACGAAAACAAAUCCAUCAGAGAGAUAGCAAAAACAUUAGGUGUGGCCAAAUCAACUAUUUGGGCUGUCCUUAAAAGGAUCGAACACACCGGGGACCUCAUGAACAACCACAGGUCCGGAAGACCACGGAAAACAACCGAGGGGGAAGACAGACGAAUUCUUUCCCUGGUGAAGAAAAACCCCUUCACAACAGUUGGCCAGAUCAAGACCACCCUCCAGGAGGUAGGCGUGUCCGUGUCCGAGUCAACGAUCAAGAGAAGACUUCACCAGAGUAAAUACAGUUGGUCUACCGUAAACAUCAAAGAGAGGAAGAACAAAAGACGAGUUAAAAAUGGCAAAAAACACGUGAAGGAGGAAAAACAGGAAGCAUCCGAUGCACAGACGGAACAAGGAUCUGCUUCACCAGAAUUGGGGGACGAGACGAGUAAAAGGGAAGAGGAGGAAAAGAGCUCAUGAUCUGAAUUAUACGACCUUAUCUGUGAAACCUGGUGGUGGUAGUGUUAGGGUGUGGGCAUGUCUGGCUGCCAGCGGAGAUAGUUUCCUUCUAUUCAUUGAUGUGGCAGCAGGAUGAGUUCUAAAGUGUAUAGGGCUAUGUUAUCAGUUUCCGUCAAAUGGUUCUAAACUCACUGGACAGUGCUUCACGGUGCAGAUGGACAUUAACCCAAAACAUACUUCGAAAGCAGCCCCACUUUUUUUUUUUUUUUUUUUUUUAAGGCAGUGCAAAAUGAACAUUAAUAUGAGAUUAUCAUACUGAAGUUUAUUCUCCAAUAGCAGCAUGUCCCAAAGGGUUUCUUUCCUUUUACAUCACAGCGAUUCGCCAAAGAUUAACAUGAAAAAGUAUAUGAAUGAACAACGCAUUGUGAUGUUUAAUUGUUUAUCGUUAUAUAUAAUGCUGUGGAAUAUCAGUGGGGUUUUUUUUUUUGCUGAAAUCACUUGCGUUAUAACAGUCUUCCUUUACCAGACUUUUUUUUUUUUCCCCCUCUCUCUCGAUGUUCAGACAAAAGAAAUGCAGUUUGUCAUGUUUCUGAGAAACCCCUGAGGUUCUGAGGUGAAGACUUUCCCGUGGUAGAAAAUUUACUGUUACAAACUGACACUGGAGAUUCCUUCCUUAAAUGUUAAAUAAAUUAUCCCCAUAUAGAAAGA